CGGCGGAAGAAAACUUACCCCCGGGUGGAUUCAUGGAGCAGUGUGGGAAUGCUGUGUCCGUAGGUUGGGAAGCAGAGAUCGGGACGUGCAGCGACACUCCGGUACACCGCCGCCUCCCCGGACCGCCGCUGCCGGUGUGAUCGAGAGUGACCUGAUUUAAUACCGCGGCACACCGGAACAUCUGCUGGAUUUUUUUUUUUUUGGAGGGGGGGGGGGGGGAAAGAAGCGUGUUUAUUCCUGCGCCCCCCCUCUUCAGGAUGAUGUGACACAUCAUAUCAUCUGCUGCCCGGGGGAAAACAUUAUAAUCUGUGUAACCGGAUCUUUUAAUUUAAUUUUUUAUUUCUGCUUCACUGCUGGGGAUCAUCUGAGCUGGUUGUUAUAAGGCUGGCAGGCCUCGGGUGGGACAGAGAACAUGGCUGAACCACGGCGGGAGAGCACCAGCAGCCUGCAGAGGAAAAAGCCUCCCUGGCUCCGGCUGGACAUUCCCACGGCUCAGAUGUCUCUGGACGAGCCUCCCACCUUUGUUCAGCCGAUGAAGAGGCAGGGCUUCCUGCGCAGCAUCAGCAUGCCGGUGGAGACCUCUCACCUCCAGUCCCCACCCCGUGACCUCUUCGACACCCGGCGGCCGGUCUUACAACGCCAGUCCUCCAUCACUCAGACCAUAAAGAGCAGCAGAAGGGUGCACUUUGAGCGGAUUAACACGGUUCCCAUUAAGGGGCAGCGGGCUGCUCGCCGCAGCGUCAGGAAGCACCAUUCGCUCUCCAGAACCCUGCUAAGGGGAACGGCGGACUGGUUCGGGGUCAGUAAGGACGGCGAUGCCACCCAGAAAUGGCAGAGGAAGAGCCUCCGCCACUGCAGCCUGCGCUACGGAAAGCUGAAGCCGCAGGUGCUCCGAGAGAUGGACCUGCCCAGCCAGGACAACAUCUCCUUAACCAGCACGGAGACCCCGCCUCCUCUCUAUGUCCCCUCCUCGCAGUAUGGCAUGCAAAAGAUCGUGGACCCGUUGGCACGAGGACGAGCCUUCCGUAUGGUGGAGGAGGUGGAUGGCUACAGCGUGCCUCAGACCCCCAUCACCCCCGGCGCUGCUUCGCUUUGUUCCUUCUCGAGCUCGCGCUCGGGUUUCAACCGGCUGCCUCGUCGACGGAAGAGGGAGUCUGUUGCAAAGAUGAGCUUCAGGGCCGCGGCAGCGCUGGUCAAGGGACGCUCGAUACGGGAGAGCACGCUGAAACGGGCCCAAAGACGCAGCUUCACCCCCGCCAGCUUCAUGGAGGAGGACAUGUUGGACUUUCCCGAUGAACUGGACACAUCUUUCUUUGCCAGGGAUGUUCUGAUGCAGGAGGAGUUGUCUACGUACGCAGACGAGGUGUUUGAGUCGCAGUCUGAGGCGGCCAUGAAAGAGGCGGAGCCAAGCAGCAAGAACGAUGAGAUGGAGCUGACGGGCAGCGCCCUCGAUAAGAUGGAGCUGGAGAGGAGUCAUCUCAUGCUACCUCUGGAGCGAGGGUGGCGCAAAGCCAAAGAAGGAACACCAGGACCACCGAAGGUGCCCUUGCGGCAGGAGGUGGUGAGCGUCACCGGGCAGCGGCGUGGCCAGCGCAUCGUUGUGCCUGUCAAGAAGCUUUUUGCCCGAGAGAAGAGGCCUUAUGGACUGGGCAUGGUAGGGAAGCUCACCAACCGCACCUACCGCAAGCGCAUUGACAGCUACGUCAAGAGGCAGAUAGAGGACAUGGAUGACCACAGGCCUUUUUUUACAUACUGGAUCACAGUUGUCCAUUUGCUCAUCACUAUCUUGGCUGUAUGCAUCUACGGUAUUGCACCAGUGGGCUUUUCCCAGCACGAGACAGUUGAUUCUGUUUUAAGAAACAAAGGUGUGUAUGAAAAUGUCAAGUUUGUACAGCAGGAGAACUUUUGGAUUGGGCCGGGUUCGGAAGCUCUUAUCCACCUGGGGGCCAAAUUCUCUCCGUGCAUGCGGCAGGACAAACAGGUGCACGACCUCAUCAGGGACAAGAGAGCCAUCGAACGCAACUCCGCCUGCUGCGUGCGUAACGAUCGCUCCGGCUGCAUCCAAAACUCAGAGGAGGAGUGCUCGAGUACUUUGGCCGUGUGGGUAAAGUGGCCGAGGCAUUCCAGCACUCCCCAGAAACUUGGUAAAGACAGACAGUAUGGCUCUGUGUGUCAUCAGGAUCCCAGGACAUGUCUCGAGCCUGCCUCAGUAACACCUCAUGAAUGGCCUGAUGAUAUCAGCAAGUGGCCUAUUUGUACUCGGUACAACACAGGGAACCACACCAACCUGCCUCAUAUCGACUGCACCAUCACAGGCCGGCCGUGCUGCAUCGGAACCAAAGGGAGGUGUGAAAUUACAUCCCGGGAAUAUUGUGACUUCAUGAACGGCUAUUUUCAUGAGGAGGCUACUCUCUGCUCUCAAGUGCACUGCAUGGACGAUGUGUGUGGACUGUUGCCUUUCCUCAACCCUGAGAUCCCAGAUCAGUUUUACAGGCUGUGGCUCUCACUCUUCCUCCAUGCUGGGAUCCUUCACUGCCUGGUGUCGGUGGCUUUCCAGAUGACCAUCCUGAGGGACCUGGAGAAGCUGGCGGGCUGGCUGCGCAUCUCAAUCAUUUACAUUCUCAGUGGCAUCACUGGCAACUUAGCUUCAGCCAUCUUUUUGCCCUAUAGAGCCGAGGUUGGCCCGGCCGGCUCUCAGUUUGGCAUCCUGGCCUGCCUGUUCGUGGAGUUGUUCCAGAGCUGGCAGAUCCUCGCCCAGCCCUGGAGGGCCUUCACCAAGCUGCUCUGUGUGGUGCUCUUCCUCUUUGCCUUUGGCCUGUUGCCGUGGAUCGACAAUUUCGCCCACAUCUGCGGCUUCAUCUCCGGCUUCUUUCUGUCCUUCGCCAUCUUGCCCUACAUCAGUUUCGGCCGCAUGGACUUGUACCGCAAACGCUGUCAGAUCAUCGUCUUCCUGCUGGUGUUCGUCGGGCUCUUCUCGGGCCUCGUGGUGCUCUUCUACGUCUACCCAAUCAAGUGCGAGUGGUGCGAGCUGCUAACCUGCAUCCCCUUCACGGACAAAUUCUGCGAGAAGUACGACCUCAACGCUCACCUCCACUGAACAGGAAGGCGUCGGGUCAACGGAUGUGGGCGGGCGGAUGAUGUCAGCCAGUCUGCCUCCACUCUGCCCCCCCCCCACAAUGACGAUGUACUUGUGUUUAGUUUUUUUACUCUGUUAGUAUGAAUACCUAUGUCACUCAUCUUAAGCACUUCCUUUAACCACCUCCCUGUUCACCGGCAGUCAUUAUCACUCCGUCACUGUCCAGUGGAACAAAAGUAUGGCACUUCUGAACCUCAUCCAAAUUUCCCAGCUGCCCCUUUACAUGUGGAGGAAGGCAUGAAAGAAGCCAGCGCUGGUGCCGAGAGACAUCCGCACUCCAGACAUAGGUUUUUAUUAUUCGGGCAACCUCGUACAGAAGCAGGGACAGAAAUCUCAUAUUGAUACCGUUUGGUGCCUUGUUGAUAAAUGUACCAACUACUGCCAUAUUUCUUUUGUUACAUUAUACUGAGCACUCGAAUGUUUUCUUUCAUUUUGUCGAUUGCUUCUCGAGAAGUGAUAUUUGUUUUGAACAUGGUUGUGUUUUAGCUACCUGUCUACUCACAUGUAACUGACAACAAACAGUAAAAGAAAUCUAUGGAAAUGAAAA